UGGACAAAACACCUCUCGAUCAAGAUGUCCAUGUCUGUGACAAGAACGACCGCUGUCGCGAGACGGUUGCCAUCUCUCUGCAGAUGCUACUCAAUCCCUAAACGCGAGGACCUCCCCGAAUCCAAGAGACCGCCCAAGUUUCAGUACAAGGAACAAUACUGGCCACCCGUCAAAGUCCUCGAAACAAACACCAAGGAACCUAUAAAGCCCAAGCCGAUGCGUACGCCCGAGCAGCGUCGCGCAGCCGAGAUGGCAGACCUGCGAAGAAAAUACUUGAGGGAAGCUGUCCUCGCUCACGAGGAGGUGGUCGAAAUUGAGAUCGAGGAGAAAAAGGCAGUCGAGGAGAAGCGUGCUGCGUAUUUGGAGGCGAAGCGGAACGCGCCUCUUGCACAAGACGAAGUUCUCACUCUUCCCACGAUCGCCACCCUCUUGAACGACAUCCGCCCAAUAGACAACCCCGCCGCAGACGCGAGGCAUGCAGCCAAGAAGAUCCGCAACCGCGAAGCUGCCGAGGCUGAUAAGGAAGAGGAGGUCCUCCAGAAUCUGUUGGAUCUCUACCACGCCUCCGAGACAUUCAUUGUUAACGAGGAGCAAUUGAGCGCAGCCCUCGACAAAGCCUUCGACGAGGCGCUCAGCGCUCCUAAGGGCUUAUCGUACGCAUUGCGUUUGGAGGACCUCGAACGCCGUCAACAGAACAUCGUAUCACACGGCACGGAAUCUCAGAAGUGGUCGCAAGCUAAGGAUCUUUUGAUGGGUACUGCUGGUGGAGGUAAGGUUGGUGUUGUUGGUGUUCAGGCUAUUUUGGCAGAGAAGCAAGCACAGAGGGAGGCUCAGGAGUUCAUUGCAAAAUAGAAUACGUGGAACAUAUCAAAUGAAGUGUACGGUCAGGGUCAGAUGGGAUGGACCGCAAGGGCAUCACGGGU